UUCCUCAUUAGAUCAUGCUAAGCUCGUCUUCCUCUCUCUCUCUCUCUCUCUCCAAAACUUACUUUAAAUCUCUCUCUCUCUCUCUCUCUCAAUAAUGAACAUGAGCAACCUCAUCACAACAUGAAUAACUCUACACCAGUGAGGCGAUUGGUUUCAUCAAAGGCAAUGAAAUGUUUCUACUUCAACAAAGACAAAUCUCAUGAUAAUGAAGCUAAGACGAGAAAGUUUGAUUCGUUGCAAGGAUCAGGGUCUGAGUUUAACUCAAGUACAACAAGUACUACUACUUCCAUCACUUCUUCCUUGCACGUCCUCUCUGAGACACACAGUAACAACCUCAAAGUCUUUGCCCUGGAUGACCUCAAGACCGCAACCAAGAACUUCAGCCGGUCAUUGAUGAUCGGCGAGGGUGGCUUUGGUGGUGUGUUUCGUGGCAUCAUUCAGAACCCUCAAGAUCCUCGUAAAAAGAUUGAUAUUGCUGUUAAACAACUUAGUAGAAGAGGCCUACAGGGGCAUAAAGAAUGGGUGACAGAAGUUAACGUAUUGGGAGUAGUGGAGCAUCCAAAUCUGGUGAAGCUGAUCGGUUACUGCGCUGAAGAUGAUGAGAGAGGGAUCCAACGGCUACUAGUUUACGAAUAUGUACCAAACAGAAGCGUUCAAGACCAUUUAUCUAAUCGUUUUAUAAUCACUCCUCUCACUUGGUCCGCAAGAAUGAAGAUUGCUCAAGACACUGCUCGAGGACUCGCUUAUCUUCAUCAAGGCAUGGAGUUUCAGAUCAUCUUUAGAGAUUUCAAAUCUUCCAACAUUCUUCUUGAUGAGAAUUGGAAUGCUAAGCUCUCUGACUUUGGACUGGCUAGAAUGGGACCUUCCAAGGGAGUCACUCAUGUCUCCACAGAGGUUGUAGGAACUAUUGGUUAUGCAGCGCCUGAGUAUAUCCAAACAGGACACCUCACGGCCAAAAGUGACGUGUGGAGCUACGGAAUCUUUCUGUAUGAGCUCAUCACAGGGAGACGACCGUUCGACAGAAACCGCCCAAGAAACGAGCAGAACAUCUUGGAGUGGGUCAGGCCUCACUUGACUGAUAUCAAGAAGUUCAAGAUGAUCAUCGACCCAAGGCUUGAAGGAAACUACUACCUCAAGUCGGCUUUGAAGCUGGCUGCAGUUGCCAACAGGUGUUUGAUGGUGAAAGCAAAGUCAAGGCCAACGAUGGGUGAGGUUUCAGAGAUGUUAGAAAGGAUAGUUGAGACUUCAGGCGAGGUUUCUCCUGCUCUGCCACUGGUGCAGAGCUUGACGCCUAAAGAUGCGUUUGAGGCGUCAAGGAGAGAGAGAGUUAGGAGAAGAUUCGUUGAGCUUGUAACUGGGGUAAAUGGUUGUCCUAAUCUGCCUACUUGGUCUCCUAAACUUGUCACUUCUCUUUGAUUUUGAUUUUGAUUUUGAUUUUUGAGACAGAACAUAAACAAACAAACAAACAACAGCUCAGCGUUUGUGUUAUGCAAAUAUUGUUGUCGUUAUUAUAAAAAUAACAAGCUUUAAAUUAGGGUUUUAGCUAUCUUCUUC